GCCCACUUCUCCCAGCCCGCAGGCUCCCCACAGUUACUCUGAGUUCAUAGGCUUGGCUCCCUGCCAUUGAGGGUGUACCUUUCUGUCCCUGUACACAUCUCUGUCUGCACCAGGCCCCUGAUGCCUGCAUUUUUGGCUUGUCACAGUCCAGCCGCCUUGCUUACCACCAUGACCUCACAGGGCUGUGCCUCACUCUGUGACUGUGGCGGAUUAAAGUCAGGCUCCAUGACUUGUGAUUGUUGCCUGUCAUUAGGUCUUCAGCGUAGCUCAGUUUUAAACAGUUUCCACUUGAGUGGUACAGUGACAGAGCCUGCAGUACAAUCGGAGCCAGAAACCAUUUGCAAUGUGGCCAUCAGCUUUGAUCGUUGCAAGAUUACCUCAGUGACCUGCAGCUGUGGAAACAAGGACAUAUUUUACUGUGCCCAUGUUGUGGCACUGUCUUUAUACCGCAUCCGCAAGCCCGAUCAGGUCAAACUACAUCUUCCCAUUUCAGAGACUCUCUUCCAGAUGAACAGAGACCAGCUGCAGAAGUUUGUCCAGUAUUUGAUUACAGUGCACCACACAGAAGUCUUGCCAACUGCUCAAAAGCUAGCAGAUGAAAUCCUUUCCCAGAAUUCAGAAAUCAACCAAGUUCACGGUGCUCCUGAUCCCACGGCAGGUGCUAGCAUCGACGACGAGAACUGUUGGCACUUGGAUGAGGAGCAGGUGCAGGAGCAGGUUAAACUGUUCCUUUCCCAGGGCGGCUACCACGGCUCAGGGAAGCAACUCAACUUACUCUUUGCAAAGGUGCGGGAGAUGUUGAAGAUGAGAGACUCCAAUGGGGCCCGUAUGUUGACCUUGAUCACCGAGCAGUUCAUGGCUGACCCUCGCCUGUCACUUUGGCGGCAGCAAGGCACGGCGAUGACUGACAAAUACAGGCAGCUCUGGGAUGAGCUUGGUGCUCUGUGGAUGUGUAUAGUCUUAAACCCCCACUGUAAGUUGGAGCAGAAGGCCAGCUGGCUAAAACAGCUGAAGAAAUGGAACAGUGUUGAUGUCUGUCCAUGGGAGGAUGGAAAUCAUGGCAGUGAAUUACCCAACCUAACCAAUGCCCUGCCUCAAGGUGCAAAUGCCAACCAAGAUUCAUCGAACAGGCCACAUCGGACAGUGUUCACAAGAGCCAUCGAGGCAUGUGACCUCCACUGGCAGGAUAGCCACUUGCAGCACAUUAUCAGCAGUGACCUGUACACCAACUACUGUUACCAUGACGACACUGAAAACUCCCUCUUUGACUCCCGGGGGUGGCCCCUCUGGCAUGAACAUGUUCCUACAGCCUGUGCAAGAGUGGACGCGUUGCGUUCUCAUGGGUACCCCAGAGAAGCACUGAGAUUAGCAAUAGCUAUUGUGAACACAUUACGACGGCAACAGCAGAAACAGUUGGAAAUGUUCCGGACUCAAAAAAAAGAGCUACCCCAUAAAAGCAUAACCUCAAUAACCAAUCUGGAAGGCUGGGUUGGACACCCCCUGGACCCCGUGGGCACUCUCUUCAGUAGCCUCAUGGAAGCUUGCCACGCUGAGGAUGAAGGCUUCUCUGGACUCACAGAUUUUACAGAAAAUGUGGGCCAGUGCAAGUCCCUGGAAUACCAUCACCUGCCUGCACAUAAGUUCUUAGAAGAAGGGGAGUCCUAUGUAACGCUGGCUGUGGAAGUGGCCCUGAUCGGACUUGGGCAGCAGCGGAUCAUGCCUGAUGGGCUGUACACACAAGAGAAGGUUUGCCGGAAUGAAGAGCAGCUCAUUUCGAAGCUUCAGGAAAUUGAAUUGGAUGACACACUGGUGAAAAUUUUCCGCAAGCAAGCAGUCUUCCUCUUAGAAGCUGGACCAUACAGUGGUUUAGGUGAAAUCAUCCAUCGGGAGAGUGUUCCAAUGCACACAUUUGCCAAGUAUCUCUUCACCUCUCUCCUACCUCACGAUGCUGAACUGGCAUACAAAAUUGCACUGAGAGCAAUGCGGUUACUAGUAUUGGAAUCUACUGCUCCGACAGGAGACCUCACCCGCCCCCACCACAUUGCAUCAGUUGUCCCCAACCGAUACCCUCGGUGGUUCACCUUAAGCCACAUUGAAUCCCAGCAGUGUGAGCUGGCAUCCACCAUGCUCACUGCGGCCAAAGGCGAUGUCCGGAGGCUGGAAACAGUAUUAGAAUCCAUCCAGAAAAACAUUCACUCCUCAUCACACAUCUUUAAGCUUGCCCAGGAUGCAUUUAAAAUAGCAACUCUCAUGGACAGUUUGCCAGACAUCACUCUUUUGAAAGUGUCUCUGGAGCUGGGCCUGCAGGUUAUGCGAAUGACGCUGUCAACCCUCAAUUGGCGACGGCGAGAAAUGGUGCGGUGGCUGGUGACAUGUGCUACUGAAGUUGGUGUUUAUGCCCUGGACAGCAUCAUGCAGAGCUGGUUUACCCUCUUUACUCCCACUGAGGCCACAAGUAUUGUUGCGACUACCGUCAUGUCCAACAGCACCAUAGUCCGCCUCCACUUGGACUGCCACCAGCAGGAAAAGCUGGCCAGCAGUGCCCGGACCCUGGCAUUGCAGUGCGCCAUGAAGGACCCGCAGAACUGCGCCCUCUCUGCACUGACCCUCUGUGAAAAGGAUCACAUAGCUUUUGAGACGGCGUACCAAAUUGUCCUCGAUGCUGCUACCACCGGCAUGAGCUACACGCAGCUCUUUACAAUUGCGCGGUACAUGGAGCACCGGGGGUACCCUAUGAGGGCCUACAAGCUGGCUACGCUGGCCAUGACCCAUCUCAACCUGAGCUACAAUCAGGACACACACCCUGCCAUUAAUGACGUCCUGUGGGCCUGUGCACUUAGUCACUCCCUAGGUAAAAACGAGCUUGCAGCUAUAAUACCUCUGGUGGUCAAGAGUGUCAAGUGCGCAACAGUACUGUCGGACAUUUUGCGCAGGUGCACUCUGACCACCCCUGGCAUGGUGGGACUUCAUGGAAGGAGGAACUCUGGUAAGCUCAUGUCACUGGACAAAGCCCCUUUGAGGCAACUCCUGGAUGCCACGAUCGGGGCCUAUAUCAACACAACGCACUCACGACUCACACACAUCAGUCCUCGGCACUAUAGUGAGUUCAUAGAGUUCCUCAGCAAGGCCCGAGAGACCUUCCUAAUGGCACACGAUGGACACAUUCAGUUUACACAGUUUAUUGACAACCUGAAACAAAUCUACAAAGGCAAAAAGAAACUGAUGAUGUUGGUUCGGGAGAGGUUUGGUUGAUAGAACUUGUAUGAAUGGGGUGGGGGUGGGGUGGGAGGGGUGGUUUGUUUUUACUUGAGCCUGCCUUUGUACCCUUUUUAACUUAAAGAACAGAGCCACACCGGUAUUAUAUGUGUAUAGUUAUAUUGCGUUUGCAGACUAAAGUGUCAUGUUGUGAAAGUUUGUGUGUGUUUUUAAGUUUCUCCCUUUUUCUUUCCUUUUGUUUUUAAUUCUGUUUUACUGGUUUGUGUGAGAGAGGUUGAAAAGGUUUGGUUUACACUGAGUAUAUGUUGUCAAGUGGCAAAAGUCCACAUAGCUCUCCUGUUUUCUGUAUACGUUCACAGCCUCAAAAAAAAAAAAAAUUGAAAUGGCUUUAAAAACCAAACAGAACACCUCCAUCCUGUGAUAAGUACCUCGAAUGGAUUCAGCUUUACUCCUUUGUAACUCAUCUUCACAUUUUCAGCAUAGUUAACAAACCAACAAAACGAAAUACUAUAGUAAAAAGGCUGACCCACGUGGCUUUGCAGUGCUGUUCGUCCAGAAGCAUGGCACACGAUGCUUGUGCAUGUGGAGACUUAGCGACUGUCAACAUACAUUCUCAGGGAUUUAUCCAAAAACUUAAAAAAAAAGAAUGAGAGCAUUUAUUGUACUGUAUAUAUAUUAUAGUAUAUGUCUGAAUAUUGAAAAUAUAACAUUAACUAAUUUAUAAAAAAAUAUUCUAUGUAAUGCAAAAUACUUGAAGCUGCAGUAGCUUGGUUUUAAACAAAAACAAAAAAUGGAGAGAAAACCUAUCAGAAGGACUAAAAGUACGCCUCGCUUCGGGGUUGGCUCAGGCAGUGAACUUCGUGCUGGGCAUCUGCAGAGCCACCUUCGGACUGCGCAGUUGGACUGAGCUCUAUUGGGAAGAUUCCAUACCUAUAUAUAUCUAUACAGCUUCUGUAUACAUAUAUAUAUGUAGACACACAGACACCAACAACCACUACACCACACAUGCUUGUAACAGGCACUCGAAUAAAGAGGGACAAUACACAGCCAGAGCAGCAAGCCUUAGCAUUAAGAAUAUACAGUAUGCCAGAACUGGGGUGCGUGCCUCCUAGCCUAGGAAACUUAAAAUAUCCUUUUGACACAAAAACGCAAAAUGUUUUCCAAAACAAUUGACAUGAUCCAUUACGCCUUUGCAGUGAGCUAAUAAGCUAACGUUUGUGCACAGAUAACAUUAUAUAUAUUAUAUAUCUAUUCUGCAUAGGUAUUUUGACUUUGUGCAGGACAGAAAGUUGUGUAGGUAUGACUGUUCUACUUUUCAGUUCUUUUUUUUUUUUUUUAAUAUAUUUUAUUUUCUCUAGAAUUACUCAAACAAAAGCAGCCUUCUAUCUUGCCUUGUCUUAAUGCUUUAAAAUAACCAAACUGGAGAUGUAACUACCAAACUGUUGAUUAUAUUAAAAUACCAACCUUGGUUACA